AUAUUUUACUGUCUAAUUAAAAACAUAGUUUUUCAUAUUAACUGCGAAUUGUUUAUUAAUUUUUUCACUGGCCACUGAGGCUGCACAGGACCAUGGAUCCUCCACCGACUUCAGAGAAAUCGCAUCUUAUCAACGAAAAAAAUGCCAAAAUAUACUCCUUAAAGAUAAACAGUGAAUUCUCAGGUUCCAAAGAGAGUUGCCCAAACCUGCCUUUGGGAAAUGGUGAUAUGGCUGGUGCUAUAGAACUGAAGAGGACUGUUGGAACUCAUUGCCAUGGAAAUAAAGCAAUAUAUGAGGAGAGUCAUGAGAAACUCAUAGCAAAGAAGAAACUCUACAUUGCCUCCAUAGUCUGUCUGGUUUUCAUGAUUGGAGAGGUUAUAGGUGGCUAUCUAGCACACAGUCUGGCCAUCAUGACCGAUGCUGCCCACCUUCUGACUGAUUUUGGCAGUAUGAUGGUCAGUCUUUUCUCACUGUGGAUCUCCUCAAGACCAGCCACAAAGACAAUGAACUUUGGCUGGCACAGAUCAGAGAUUCUGGGAGCACUGAUAUCUGUAAUGUCCAUCUGGAUCGUGACUGGGGUGUUGGUGUACCUCGCUAUUGAGAGGAUUGUUAAAAAUGAUUAUGAGAUCGAUGGCCAUGUGAUGGUUGUAACCUCUGGUUGUGCUGUUGUGGUCAACAUUAUAAUGGCAUAUAUUCUACACCAUUCCACAACUUUUCACAGUCACGGUUCAGGUUACCACAAGAUUGAUGAGAAUGGGAUGAGCCCAGUGGGCCAUGGCCACUCCCACAGCCUCCUUGAUAGUCAUGGGAACACCAGUGUCAGAGCAGCAUUUAUUCAUGUUUUGGGAGAUCUGUUACAGAGCUUUGGAGUGAUGGUGGCAGCCAUUAUAAUCUACUUCAGGCCAGAAUACAAAGUAGCCGAUCCCAUUUGCACUUUCCUCUUCUCUUUGUUCGUCCUGGGAACCACCAGUACCAUCCUGAAAGAUGUCUUCCGCAUUCUCAUGGAGGGGGCACCAAAAAGUAUCGAGUUUAAUUCAGUGAAGGAGGUGCUACUCUCUCUGAAGGCAGUGAAGGCCAUGCACAGUCUACACUUGUGGGCUCUUACCCUAGGCCAGAGUCUGCUAUCCGUUCACAUAGCUAUUGAGGAGGAUGCUGACCCUCAGUGUGUCUUAAAGGAAGCCACUGAACUUCUUCAGACCAAAUUUGGCUUUUACAGCACAACCAUUCAAGUGGAGCCUUAUUGUGAGGACAUGAUCUACUGCACCCAGUGCCAGGACCCUAUGGACUAACUUCUCCAAAUGUAAUGGUGAGAGGAGGCUGCCUGAAUAAAAUAUAUGCACACAUAUUAAGAUUCACAGAGGGUCCAAGCCAAAAAUGGAAACACUGUGCAAAUGUAUAUAAUCUACAGUAUGAAUAUGUGCAUGCUAAAUGCAUUUCUAUCAACUGAU